CCACGUCUUCCCUUCGCUGCGCCCUCCGGUUACGACUCCUUCGUCACGGUAUUCUCUCCGUUCUGCACGAUUUGCGCACUACAUAGGGCGCAACUAUGUUGCUGGAUAUCAACCGGAAACUCUUCACCCGUUCAGAUCGCGUUAAGGGCGUCGACUUCCAUCCCACUGAGCCCUGGAUACUCGCCGGUCUCUACAAUGGCACUGUUAACAUCUAUAACCACGACACCGGCGCACUGAUCAAGACAUUCGAGAUCGCAGAGGUUCCCGUACGCUGUGUCCGCUUUAUCCCCCGCAAGAGCUGGUUCGUCGCGGGUUGCGAUGACUUUCAGCUCCGGAUCUUCAACUACAACACGCACGAAAAGGUUGCGGCCUUUGAGGCGCACCCAGACUACAUCAGAUGCCUAACCGUCCACCCGACUGCGAGCAUCGUUCUGACGGGUAGUGACGACAUGACCAUUCGCGCCUGGGAUUGGGACAAGCAAUGGAGGUGCAUCCAGACAUACGAGGGCCAUACCCACUAUAUCAUGAACAUCACUGUCAACCCGAAAGACCCCAACACCUUCGCAUCUUCAUGUCUGGACCGUACCGUCAAGAUCUGGUCUCUUGGUGCUUCGACGCCCAACUUCACCAUGGAAGCGCACGACAAGGGCGUCAACUACGUUGAGUUCUACCCCGGCGCGGACAAACCGUACCUUGUUACCGCGAGUGACGACAAGACCGUAAAGAUCUGGGACUACCUCAGCAAGAGCUGCGUGCAGACUCUGGAGGGGCAUUCGAACAAUGUGCUUUUCGCGGUCUUCCACCCCAAUCUCCCAUUAAUCGUCUCCGGCGGUGAGGAUGGCACUGUGAAGCUCUGGAACAGCGGUACGUACCGUCUAGAGAAUACCCUCAGCUAUGCCCUGGAACGCGCUUGGUGUAUCGCUGUGCGCAAGACGUCAAACGAGGUUGCUGUCGGAUACGACGAAGGUCUUGUCGUUAUCAAGCUCGGCCGUGACGAGCCCACGUACAGCAUGGACUCCGCCGGCAAGGUCGUCUACACCCGUAAUAACGAGGUCCUCUCCGCAAACCUCCAGACGAUUCAGGAAGACUCCGUCGCGGACGGGAACCGGAUACCCAUCUCUGUCAAGGAACUGGGCACGACAGAAGUCUUCGCGACCGCCCUUCUGCACUCGCCUAACGGCCGUUUCGUAACUGUCGUCGGCGACGGGGAGUACAUCGUCUACACUGCCCUCGCAUGGCGCAACAAGGCCUUUGGCAACGGCAAUUCAUUCGCAUGGGCGGGCGACUCCAACACUUACGCAGUGCUCGAGGGUCGUAUGAAGGUCCGUGUUUACAAGAACUUCCGUGAGCGCGGAGGCGCGGGCAUGAAGGGUGCUGGGUCGUGGGCCAUUGAUGGACUUCACGGCGGCACUCUCCUCGGGGCGCGAGGUGCUGGCUUCGUUGUGUUCUGGGACUGGGAAUCUGGUGAGAUCGUAAGAAGAGUUGAAGUCGAUGCGAAGAACAUCUACUGGUCGGGCUCCGGAGAUCUAGUCGCUAUCGCAUCAGAGGACUCUUUCUAUGUGCUGCGCUUUGACCGGGACGCAUACACCUCUAAGCUCGAGUCCGGUGCUGACUUGGGCGAUGAGGGUGUCGAGGAAGCAUUCGAGCUCGUCGCGGAGAUCUCUGACAACGUCAAGACCGCCAAGUGGAUAGGCGACUGCUUCAUCUACACAACGGCUGCCAACCGCCUCAACUACUUCAUCGGCAGCGAAUCCUAUACGAUCACUCCCUUCGACACGCCACUAUAUUUGCUAGGAUACAUUCCUGCUCAUAAUCGCGUAUACCUUGUCGACAAGGAUUUGAACGUGUACUCCUACGCGCUCUCGCUGAGCAUGGUCGAGUACCAGACAGCGGUUUUGCGCGGCGAUAUGGAUGCUGCCAACGAGAUACUCCCUUCAAUACCCAAAGAGCACCGGAACAAGAUCGCGUCCUUCCUCGAGGCGCGAGGUCUUAAGGAACUCGCGCUGGAGGUCACGACUGACCCAGAUCAGAAGUUUGAACUCUCCCUACAGCUUGAUGAUCUCGAUGCGGCCGUCGAAAUUGCACGGACAGUGCCCGAGCUCGAAGCCGAGACGAAAUGGAAGGCGAUCGGCGACCGCGCAUUAGCCGUUUGGCGGUUCGACCUCGCGCAAGAGAGUUACGAGAAGGCGGGCGACCUCAGUGCACUGAUGUUGCUCCUUCUGGCGACGGGCGACCGGGACGGCUUGGCGAAGCUAGCUGCUAAGGCAGAGGAGAAGGGCCAGAACAACCUUGCGUUUGCCACCUUGCUGCAGCUGGGCGACCCCAAACCAUGCGUUGAUCUGUUAAUCAAGACGCACCGAGCCCCGGAGGCGGCGACGUUUGCGCGCACGUACGCGCCGUCGAAAGUUCCGGAUGCGGUGCAGGCGUGGCAGACAGACCUGCACGCAAAAAAUCGCGCGAAGCUCGCAGACGCCGUUGCGGACCCCGCCGCGCAUCCCGAGCUAUUUGAGGAGGGCUGGGAGGAGGCGCUGCAGCGCGAGGCCAGCGCGCCGGCGCCUGGCGCACCGCUUGUGAACGGGGACUCAGGAGCCCCUGCAUCUGAGGAGGCGGAGGAGUCGUAGAUAUUGCAUAGUUAUGAUCAUUCGUUGUAUGGAAUUGUGUGAUCCUUACGCUGCCUUUUUGC